UUCAAAUUUUCAAAACAAACCCAGAGGUUGUUGUUUGUGAAAUGAGAGCGGUGACUUCGAGCUGAAAGGUUCGUUCCAGACGAGUUUACACGAUGGAACCGGACGAGAAACAUGUGUCCUGCAGAAAGAGGAAACCGGUGGAUGUCCCCAAAGCGCCGUCCAUCGAGGACUUCGUGGUUCUGAAGCCCGUCAGCCGAGGAGCCUUCGGGAAGGUCUACCUCGCCCGGAAGAAGAGCAACGCGAGGCUCUACGCCAUUAAGGCGAUGAAGAAAGCGGACAUGGUGGACAAGAACAUGACGGGACAGAUGAAGGCGGAGAGGGACGCGCUGGCUCUGAGCAAGAGUCCCUUCAUCGUGCACCUGUUCUAUUCCCUUCAGACGUCCACCAAGAUCUAUCUGGUGAUGGAGUACCUCAUCGGUGGAGAUGUCAAAUCUCUGCUUCACAUCUACGGAUAUUUUGACCUGGACAUGGCUGUUAAAUACAUUUCAGAGGUUGCUCUGGCUUUAGAUUACCUUCAUCGUCAUGGUAUUAUCCACAGGGACUUGAAGCCAGACAAUAUGCUCAUAUCCAAUGAAGGUCACAUCAAACUUACAGACUUUGGUCUUUCUAAAGUCAAGCUCGACAGAGAGCUGAGUCUUAUGGACAUCCUAACCACCCCGUCCUUGGCUAAACCAAAUAAAGAUUAUUUCCGCACGCCGGGUCAAGUCCUGUCCUUGAUCAGCUCCCUUGGAUUUAAUACACCUACAGGGGAAGUAAAGCGUCACUGCAGCGCAUCUGCUGCUUCCAGUCCCGUUUCCGGUGGCAGAAUAAGACACAAGAAUAACUCUCUCGGUUCUCCCUUGAUGAAGAAGAAAGAUCAGAUGUUCUCCUCUUCUCAGUACCCUUGGAAAAAGGGACCGAACAACAGUGUGUUUAGUCCUCACAAUCUGGCAAAAAAUCUGUCUCCCACGCUCAAGAUGACCAGAAAAAGGUUUGAGACGAUGAGUGCUGGCAGCACCACUGACACUGAAGGAGGCAUCAGUCCACUGUGGGAGUCCGAGGAGAAAGAAAAUGAACCCAUCAGGAGAGGAAUUAAACAGGACUUUGCACCCACAAAACUGAGAGCCCUCCUGCUCUCUGCUCAGGCCAGCAGCAAUCUGCCCAAAAAGUCAAAUCCAGACCAACUUGAUGAAAAAAUGCCUCACAGCAACAAACUGAAGUCUGGUUUUGGUUCCACGGUUCAGGAGGAUAUUUGUCUUUCAGCGACAGUUGACAGUCAAACUGUGGUUCCCUCAACUGUCAAGAGAACAUAUUCAGAAAUAGAGAGGAGUCCAGAGCCAUUAGAAAUUCAAGCCAAGAGGAGUAACGCAGACUACAGAAGAUGCUAUGAGAUUCCAGAGGAGACCACAAGGUUUCACAGUGGCCUGACGGGAACUUUUUCCACCUUUCAGCUCGGCGGAUUCAUGGCCUCCACAGAGGGGAUCGACUUAUCCGACGAACGAGUCCCGAAGCGCUCCAGUCCCAUCGCUGUUACCAAAACCUUGUUCUGUGAACUGGAAGAGCCGGUAGAGGACGUGUUUGAAGAUGGAGCCAAAGACUUGUCUCACUCGAGCUUCACGUCACCACUUGCUGGAAACAGUGACGUUUGCAGGAGCCUGAGUCUGGACUCUGACGGGUCUAUGCACGAAACCUCUCUCACAAUGGAGAGCCAUUCAUCUCUCCAACUAAGCAAGUUCCCCAAAAUCCGGAACUCGAUAUUAUUUGAGGGUCAAGAGGAAAACCCAGACUCGUCCAUCACUGACUCACUUCCACACACCCCCUCUGCUGUGAGCACAGCUCUGAGUCAUUUCAACCAGCUCCCGGAUCUCACCGGCCGUGCGGCGCAGUCUCCCUCGUUCCUCAAGCCUCGAAACGUUGUGGUUUUUCGUAGUUACUGCAGCUCCAUUAACCGCUCCAACAUGUCGGGGGUCUCCAGACUCAGUGUUGGGUCUGUGGAGGCCAUGGACUUUUCCGCAUCAGCCUCUUAUCACUCGGCGUUUGGCGCCGCAACACCAGUGCAGAAACGAGUCAGCUCCAACAGCUCUCCCUUUCAGACGCCUCAGGCCAUGUCCACCUCCCACACUCCCUUCAGGACGCCCAAGAGCGUCCGCAGGGGCGCGCUGCCUGUGGAGGGCGCUCCCAUCUUAGGGACCCCCGACUAUCUAGCUCCAGAGCUUCUUCUGGGGAAACCACACGUUUCAGGAAGUGGUCAGUUCGACUUCAUGGUGGACUGGUGGGCUCUUGGCGUUUGCCUUUUCGAGUUCCUCACGGGGAUUCCGCCCUUUAACGACGAGACGCCACAGCUGGUCUUCCAGAAUAUUCUCAACAGAGACAUCCCGUGGCCCGAGGACGAAGAGGAAUUGUCUGAAAAUUCAAGAGCUGCCAUUGAAAUACUUUUGACCAUGGACAUGACCAAACGAGCAGGUCUGAAGGAACUCAAGCGCCACCCCCUGUUUGACGGCCUGGACUGGGUCAACCUGCAGAACCUGCCCAUGCCCUUCAUUCCUCAGCCCACGGACGAGACCGACACCUCGUACUUUGACGCAAGAAACAACGCUCAGAACAUCGCAGUGUCUGGCUUCAGUUUGUAAGAGCAGACAUCAACAGGUUUUUAUCUGUUGGGGAAGUUUGAAAUGAGAGUGAAAAAUCAGAGCCGUCAU